CAGGCACUCCGGGCAGCGGCACACCGGGCAGAGGCACAUCGGGCUGGACUCCGGGCAGAGGCACAUCGGGCUGGACUCCGGGCAGAGGCACACCGGGCAGAGGCACAACCGGGCAGAGGCACACCGGGCUGGACUCCGGGCAGAGGCACAUCGGGCAGGACUCCGGGCAGAGGCACAUCGGAUUACCAGGCGAAGCAGCAGGCAGCGGGCCACCAGGCGGAGCAGCAGGCACCGGGCCCCCAGGCGGGGCAGCAGGCACCGGGCCCCCAGGCGGGGCAGCAGGCACCGGGCCCCCGGGCAGAGCAGCAGGCACCGGGCCCCCGGGCAGAGCAG